AUGUUUCGUGGUGGUCGUGGUGGUAGCCGCGGCGGCGGAUUCAGCGGGCGCGGCGGUCGUGGUGGCAUGAUGAAUGCUGGACCGCCUGCCAGUGUGGUGCCGUUCGGAAAGUUUGUGCAUGCUGUCGAGGGCGAGAUGUUCUGCUCGAGCACCGACCCCAAGCAUGUCCCCUACUUCAAUGCACCCAUCUUUCUGGAAAACAAGUCGCAAAUUGGAAAGGUCGAUGAGAUUCUGGGCCCCAUUAACGAGGUAUACUUCACAGUGAAGACGGAGCCUGGUGUGGUGGCGACGUCGUUCCAGGCAGAUGAUACCGUGUACAUUUCAGAUGACCGCAAGUUGCCCAUUGAGCGAUUCUUGCCCAAACCAAAGACGCUCGUCAAAGCUACCAAGAAGCGGGGAGGUGCGCGUGGUGGUGGCCCUGGCGGUCGUGGUGGUGGCCGCGGUGGUGGCCGUGGAGGUGCGCGUGGCGGCGGCUUUGGUGGUCGUGGCCGCGGCGGCUUCCGUGGCGGCGGCCGUGGGGCUCCGCGUGGUCGUGGUAGCUUCCGUGGCGGACGCUAG